CACCACCGAGAGGCGCAGUUACAGGCUAGAGCGGCACCGGAAGUGCGCUGCUCUCGCCUUCCUCUUGUGUGCAGUGCGGCUUGCCGUGUGUCUCUUCAACUUCCGGCGACGCCAUCAGGCCAAGCAGAGCCAUGCCGACCGGAGACUACGAUUCCAAGCCCAGCUGGGCUGACCAGGUGGAGGAAGGAGAAGAAGAUGUGGAGCCCUUAGUUCAUGUGGAGCCCGUGAUUCCAGUCGUCGAGAAAGUCAUCGAUCAUGACUUUGUCCUGGACAGCCCUCGAGAGAUCAUCAAUGGAAACAUAAAGACCAUCAUAGAAUACAAGCUGGAUGAGAAUGACAAGAAGAUUAAGAUCAUCCGCACCUUUAAAAUCGAAAACCGCAAAGCUUCCAAAGUGGUGGCUCGCAGGAAGAAUUGGAAGAAAUUUGGGAAUUCUGAAUUCGACCCACCAGGACCAAAUGUCGCCACCACCACAGUCAGUGAUGACGUCUUAAUGACCUUUAUCACCAGUAAAGAGGAUCUGAAUAAUCAGGAAGAAGAAGACCCAAUGAACAAGCUGAAGGGUCAGAAGAUCGUGUCUUGCAGAAUUUGCAAGGGAGACCAUUGGACCACAAGAUGUCCCUACAAAGACACUCUGGGUCCCAUGCAGAAGGAGCUGGCCGAGCAGCUGGGUCUUUCCACAGCAGACAAGGAAAAAGUGCCGGGAUCUGAACCUGAACCAGCGCAGGCUCCAGUGAGCAAGACAGGAAAGUACGUUCCACCCAGUUUGAGAGAUGGAGGAAGCCGGAGAGGAGAGUCCAUGCAGCCUAACCGCAGAGCUGAUGACAACGCUACUAUCCGUGUUACCAACUUAUCUGAAGAUACCCGGGAAACUGACCUCCAGGAGCUCUUCAGGCCUUUUGGAUCCAUCUCUCGUAUCUACCUGGCCAAGGACAAAACUACUGGACAGUCAAAGGGUUUUGCCUUUAUCAGUUUUCACCGCAGAGAAGAUGCAGCGCGCGCCAUCGCUGGCGUUUCUGGAUUUGGUUACGACCAUCUAAUUCUGAAUGUGGAAUGGGCUAAACCAUCAACCAACUGAGUGGAAAACUGUGGAAGGUCAAAAGAAGAUGGAAGCUUUUCUUAUCUCGAUGCUAAUAAAUCAGUUGAACAUCC